AAGACUCCAAGCAGCUUGAAACACCAGGAGGCCACAGAAGCACCUUCCAGGGAUGCAUAACUCAGACGUGAUCUGCUUUGUUGUAGGGAGUUUCAUAUGGCUCCCCCACGUGAGAGGUGAGGAAGGCUGCCUUAACACUGAACUCUGUUCAGGUACAGAAUGGAACCAUCUGUGGUAUAUCUGGCUGGUGCUGGUGCUCGGGGGGCUCCUGCUGCUGUGUGGCCUGGUCUCUGUGUGCGUCAGGUGCUGCCUCCAGUGCCAGCAGGCAGGGGACGAGGCGGGCCCCCGGCCCUACGAGGUCACCGUCAUUGCCUUCGACCAUGACAGCACCCUGCAGAACACCAUCACCUCUCUCCACUCGGUGUUCGGGCCUGCUGCUAGGAGGAUUUUAGCCGUGGCCCACUCGCACAGCGCUGCCCAGGGCACGCCGCCCGUCUGUGCCCCUGACACCCCUCCCGUGUACGAGGAAGCGCUGCACAUGAGCAGGUUCACUGUGGCCAAGGCGGGCCACAAGGUGCCGGACCUGGAGCCGGUGCCGGAGGAAAAGCCGCAGGCGCCCGCUGAGGGCAAGGACGCCCAGCCAGCCCUCCCAGGACACUGAUGGAUGUCUGCUUUCACCUGAUAGCAAAAAAACCCAGGAUAUCUGCAUGCAGAGACUAAUUCAGGUGGGCAGGGCUUUAAGAAUUUCAGAUUAACUCCCUUAGUCAAUUGAGAAGGGGUGUGGGGGGGUAGAAGCAACUGAAAUUCAAAAUAUUUUCAGAUCUAGCAUAGUCUAAUGGCUCUCUUUGACGCCUCCUUCAGAUAAUUUG